AUGUCGUCGAAAAGACAGGUCGAGGUGGGGGAUGUUGAGUCGUUGAUUCCAAAUUUUGGAAACGCUCCGUAUCCUGCGUCUACCAAACAGGCUGCAGGCGUGGUCGGCGGACGGCCAACAGAUGUUAUGGUCGUCUCGUUCCAAGACAGGAUUCUCGUCACUGUUACGCAAAGUGGGCGGUUAGCACAAUGGCUUCAUGUCCCAAUGGAAAGCCCUGACCCAACCGCUGGCUUCCACGCACUCUCCAGCCAGGAAGAUGCUCUCCUCCCUCGACCGGAAUUUAAUGCUACUCCUUUGCUUGGUGGUCGAUCUGGCGAUUGGGAGGUCAUUGGCCAGCUUUAUGCCUGCCAAAUAGCGACUGCCAUAGCCGCAAAGUCCGCCGAAGAGAAAAGGCUGUUAGUUGUGGGGCUUGGCCUGGAGACGCCUGAUGUCGAUAGUGAUAUAUAUCUAGGCAUCGUUGAUCUUGUUCUGCAAUGCUUGUAA